AUGGAUGGAGAAGAAACUACACAACACACGACCUGCAACCACCACCGCACAGUGUAUCAUCAGCUUAUGAUAGCUUCACUAUCACGGUCAACAAGAAGGAACUGCACUGCACAGCUACAACCUGCCGUCGUGAACAUAUAUGCACCCAACUACUACAAUGUUCCUGUGAUUCGCUUUCAUAUUUUGCGCUCCCAGACCUUCCAGCCUCGCCUGUGCCAAGAUAGCAUCCUUGAGCGACACUUGCCUCCUUUAGCCGAACAGAACCUGCGCUAUGUGGAUAAAAAGCCAACUCUAUAG